CCCGACACACUCCGCUCCGGCCAUGGGGAAAGUGCAGCUGUUUGAGAUCAGCCUGAGGGACAGUCGGGUGAUUUACAGCCCUGGGGAGCCCCUCGCUGGCACAGUCACCGUCCGCACCGCAGCCCCCCUGCCUUAUAAAGCCAUCAAGGUGAGCUGUGUGGGCUCCUGUGGGGUCUCUAACAAGGUGAACGACACAUCCUGGAAUGUGGAGGAGCAAUACUUCAGCAGCACCUUCUCCCUGGCGGAUAAAGGAAUUCUGCCACCAGGUGAACACACCUUCCCGUUCCAGUUUUUACUCCCAGUGUCGUCGCCCACAUCGUUCGAAGGUCCCUUUGGGAAGGUGAUGAAUCAGGUUCGAGCCGUGAUAGAAACCAAGAGACUCUCCAAAGAUUAUAAGAGCACGAGACCUUUUUAUAUCCUGCGUCCUCUGGACCUGAAUGAAAUUCCGGAAAUCGAGCAACAGAAUUGUUCGUCGGCUGCUAAGAAAUUCAACUACCUGCUGGUGAAGUCAGGGCAGGUUCUCCUGACGGCAAGCUCCGACCUCAGAGGUUACGUGGUGGGACAGGCCAUACAGAUCCACACAGAACUGGAGAACAAGUCCGGCCGGGACACCAGCUCAAUUGUGGCUUCUCUCAUCCAGAAAAUUGCCUACAAAUCUAAGAGGGUGGUGUAUGACCUGAGGACCAUCGCAGAGGUGGAAGGUGCCCCGGUGAAGGCCUGGAAACGGGCUGUUUGGGAUGAGCAGAUCCUGGUCCCGGCACUUCCACAGUCCAUUCUGCAGGGGUGCAACCUGAUCCAUGUCGACUAUUACAUUCAGGUUUCAGUGAAGAAUCCCGAGGUGUCAGUCACAUUACCGAUAUAUAUUGGGAAUGUUCCGGUAAACCAGAUGCGCCUCAGUCAUUCUGCCGCACCGCUGACUCCCCCUAUUGUGGUACCAUCAGCUCCCCCAGAGGACAGUGAUGCAUCUGGCACCGUCCAGCCCAUGGACAGUGUCUCUAUCCCCACCAAGUGCCACUCCCAGCAUCAGCAGCCGCAUGCCCCCUUCUGUUACGCCCCAGAGCUUCACUUCCCUGGUGCUGAUGAUGGAGAAGGACAAUCCGUUGGAUCCCCAUCACGUCCCGCCCUCUGUUUGUCCACUGGAGCUACAGUCCCUUACUUUUCCGAUGGUGCAGUGGUACCGGUACCAACCGCCAGCACAUUGAUCUUACCACCUGAAUACAGCACAUGGGGUUAUCCUUACGAUGCUCCUCCAUCAUAUGAGCAAAGCUGCAAUGAGGCCACUGUCAGCAAUGGCAAUUAACCCUUGACCUUCUGCACUGGAUGAAGAGCACAUCUGAUCACUCGAUUAAACCUUCUCUCAAGGACUCCUGCCCCAGCCCAACUUUUCUGGACCCUCCAAUGCUCUUUGUGCCUGUCGGACUCUUUCUACAUUACCUGUGUCCCUGGCGCUGCAGGAGAUACGGAUCUUUUAUAUUGGGAUGUGCACGAAGGGGUUAUACUGGAUAUACCUGCAAUGCCUUAUAAAGUCUAUUAUUUCUUUCCAAUAUAUCUGAUUGGCUUCUGGCGGAGAAACUGCAUUUUGUUUGCAAGGAACUUUACUGUCAAGUGGCGAAUUAUGGCUUUGCCCAAAGGGUUAACUGGUCUGUUACUUCCCGGGGGGAGGGAGGGGCAGUUACAAGCACACGGGACUCUUUUUAAUCAGAAUAAAAUAGGUGUAUUUUAAAUAAGAAGAAAUCUACAGAAUUUAGAUUUUAGCGAAUUCGCUCGCAGGGAAGUCUCUAAUUUUCAUGACGUUUUGGCCCUUCAACAGUGUUUAAACUGCAAUUCCCCCGCAUUCCCCAAAAGCCACAAGGAAUUCAAAAACAGCUGGAAAGGUUUACUAUGCCCCCUGUUAUCUGUAUAAAGUAUACUUAUUAGGGUAAGGUCACCUGGCGACUAAUCGCCUCGUCGUUGUGGCGACCAAUCCCCGAAGUGGUCCACAAGGCAGGUUUAGAUUGGAUCUCUUAUGCUGACACUCCCUCCUGACUCAGGAAAAGCAAUGCACUUUAUAUUUGGGGGGAGGGGGAAUUUCUACCAUAUCUCAUGCUCCAAUUGCACAAUUAAAGUGACCGUAUCGACCCAACUACCUGGAACUCUAUCUAUACAGGAUCUGGUUGGCUUGUUAGGAAGGUCCUAAUGAGUCUCUAAUGGCUCAUCCUUGUAAAAUGUUAACCACCCUACAGUUCUACUUGAACCCAAACUUUUAGCAGGCCCAGUGGCUAUGGGUAGGUAGGUCGGACAUGAUGGCACCUCUGACCACCGAUAUAAAACAGAUGGACAUUAUCAUUUGAUCUAUAAUACAAGCCUUGAGGCAAAGUAACCAGCACUUUAAGCAAUGCACUCAUACGCCCAGCUGUUUCCAUGUUAUAGCUCUAAAUGGUACUGGUCCUUUACGCUCCUGAGACAUAGAAGGCCGGGGCUUAUUCUGGAGACUUGGGGAAAAUUGAUAGCUUUAGUCAUAUACACUGAAUCUCGGUUGGAGAGCAUAUGUUGUCUCUUCUACAUUGCCUUAUCAAACAGGUUUAACCUUUUCUUGGUUGCAUAGAGCUCAUCCUAUACAGUUGCCCCCUUAUCAGAUGGGUUGAACCUUUCUUUGGCCACACACCCCCUGCCAAUACCCUCUCUGUACCUUCUGAACGUUUUUCCGUUCCUGCAAUCAAAUAUCCCCCUAAAAUAUUUACCAUAUCAAACAGGUUUAACCUUUCCUUGGCUGAAUACAGCUCACCCCAGAUUACCUGAGUAGAUUUUCCUGAUUUAAGAAGCUUUGAACCAAAAUACAGUGGCACUUUUCUUCCUUUCCUUGGACACCCAAUAUGGCCACCUGUAAUCUCCUUGUAGGUUUCAUCUAGAACUCUUAUUGUGUUGAACGUAUAAUUAGGAAAUAUCAUAUGUACGGAAGCGUCACUGAUUUGGUUGCGGGGGCGAGUCUGUGUAUAUUGUUGUGUGUGUGUAUAAAUUAAUAUUUUUGUUCAGGGGGGGGUUUCACGUUCUCUCAAGAGAUUUCCCAUCAUGUGACCGGCGCUGCUUCUAUGUGAUCUCUUUUAUUGUCCUUAAUAAUAAUAACAUUGCUGCUUCACUUGUAAAUAAAAGCUUUUAUUCCUCGUA